UCUCUGCCCACAUAAACCCGACUCUCGAACCAGCAAAUCUUGAAUCAUUUAUUUCGAUAAUUUACAGUCAAGUCCCAGCUGCCCUUUUCUCGGAUCAUUAUAGUUGAGAGUCAAAAUCCGAAUCUUUUUGAUACACUCACUUCAUCCGCUUAUAGUAGUCGCCAAAUCCUCUGUUCUUCAGCAAAAUACGACUCUUUCCUUUUGGUGUGCUUCUUUGGUGCUCAUUCAAACUACUCAAUAAAGGAAAAGAUGGUUGCUUUCGGGAAGAAGCUGAAGGACAGACAAAUUGAAGAAUGGAAAGGAUAUUAUAUCAAUUACAAACUCAUGAAGAAAAAGGUAAAGCAGUAUGCUCGCCAGAUUGAGGCCGGAGGGCUUGAACGCAGAUAUGUUCUCAAAGAUUUCUCAAGAAUGCUCGAUAACCAGAUCGAGAAGAUCGUUCUUUUCUUAUUGGAGCAACAAGGGCUGCUUGCAAGCAGGUUAGACGCACUCGGGAAAGAGCAAGAUGCUCUUCAAGAGGAGCCGGAUUUCUCAAGAAUAUCCGAUUUACGAGAAGCCUAUAGAGAAGUUGGAAGAGAUCUAUUGAAGCUUCUGUUUUUCGUUGAGGUUAAUGCCAUUGGACUGCGUAAGAUUCUUAAGAAGUUUGACAAACGUUUUGGCUAUAGAUUCACCGAUUACUAUGUCAAAACUCGGGCUAAUCAUCCUUAUUCCCAGCUUCAACAAGUCUUUAAGCAUGUGGGUUUAGGGGCAGUGGUUGGAGCCAUAUCCCGUAAUCUUGCUGAACUUCAAGAUCGUCAAGGGAGCUACUUAUCAAUAUACGAUCAACCCGCUCUUCCUCUCCAGGAACCUGUAAUCGACACCAUAAGAGCAGCAGUUGACCGAUUAAGUUACUCAACGAAUUUUCUCACGUUUUUGGGCCAACAUGCUCUUAUUAUGCAAGAGGAGUUACCAAUGCCUACGGAGGAACCCGUUGAUGAUCAAAGAUACCAUUUUAUGUCACUACUGUUGAAUCUAGCAAACACGUUUCUUUAUAUGGUGAAUACUUAUAUCAUCGUUCCAACUGCUGAUGAUUAUUCUAUGAGCCUUGGAGCUGCAGCAACGGUUUGUGGGAUUGUGAUUGGUGCAAUGGCUGUUGCCCAGAUAUUUUCAUCGGUUUAUUUCAGUGCUUGGUCUAACAGAUCGUAUUUCAGACCCUUGAUCUUUAGCAGCAUUGUUCUUUUCAUGGGCAACGUUAUGUAUGCAAUGGCUUAUGACUUUAACUCGAUUGCAGUGCUUUUACUUGGCCGCUUAUUUUGUGGUUUGGGUUCGGCUAGGGCCGUGAACCGACGGUAUAUCAGCGAUUGCGUGCCUCUAAAGAUCCGAAUGCAGGCUUCAGCCGGUUUUGUUAGCGCGAGUGCUCUCGGUAUGGCUUGUGGACCUGCACUUGCUGGCUUGUUACAAGUCAAAUUCAAGAUUUACAAACUGACCAUCAACCAAAACACAUUGCCUGGCUGGGUUAUGGCUUUUGCUUGGUUGGUUUACCUUAUUUGGCUGUGGAUCUCAUUUCGAGAACCCGCUCAUCCUACCGAGGAGACUCAUGCACCCGAAUCUGCUGCUGGUCCAGUCAAUAAUGAUGUUCUUGAAAAGGGUAUAACUCAACCGUUGCUCAUAAGUUCGGAGGCACACCAAGAUGACGAAGAAGAUGAUCCAGAAUGUGAUGCUAGCGAAGAAACUUCAGAAGACUCACGUGCACCUGUUAAUUCUAUUGGAGCAGCUUACAGAUUACUCACGCCUUCUGUGAAGGUUCAACUGUUGAUAUAUUUCAUGUUAAAGUAUGCGAUGGAGAUUUUGCUAUCGGAAUCUAGUGUCGUCACUACAUACUACUUCCAUUGGACUACCGGAAAAGUUGCCAUCUUUCUUGCAUGCCUUGGCUUGACCGUUCUUCCAGUAAAUGUUGUCGUCGGAAGUUAUAUCAGUAACAUGUUCGAGGACAGGCAAAUCUUACUCGUAUCUGAGAUCGUGGUCUGUCUCGGCAUUCUCAUGAGCUUUCACGUUGUCAUUCCGUAUUCUGUGCCACAAUACGUUGUUUCGGGACUCAUCAUGUUUGUCUCCGCGGAAGUAUUAGAAGGGGUAAACUUGUCACUUCUGUCUCGGGUUAUGUCAUCGAGGCUCUCUCGUGGGACAUUUAACGGUGGGCUAUUAUCAACGGAAGCCGGAACGAUUGCUCGAGUGAUUGCCGAUGCCACGAUAACGUUGGCCGGGUAUUUGGGGGAGAGCAAAUUGUUGAACGUGACGUUAUUGCCAUCGCUCAUGAUUUGCAUAAUGUCUAUCGUGGCUACUUGUUUCACCUACAAUUCUCUCUACUGAUAUAUAUAUACACACAUAUAUGUAUGUAUAUGUAGAUGAUGGAGUAUGUUGGUAUGUACGAUAGGCUAAACAUUUAUAUUUAUUGGUGUACAUUCUUAAGGGAUGUUACGUUUUAAUUAAUCAUUAUGCAUUCUUUUAUUAUGAUUUGGU